CACAGACCAUCAAACACAGCUGCUGUAUCAGGCCUCUGCGAUGAUGACUGAGUCCAGAUACGCUCUGCUGAUAGUAGACAGCGCUACUGCACUGUACAGGACAGAUUACUCCGGGCGAGGAGAGCUGUCUGCCCGUCAGGGGCAUCUGGGUCGGUUUUUACGCAUGCUGCUCCGUCUCGCUGAUGAGUUUGGUGUGGCUGUGGUCAUCAGUAACCAGGUGGUAGCACAGGUGGACGGAGCAGCCAUGUUUUCAGCAGAUCCCAAGAAGCCGAUUGGAGGAAAUAUUCUAGCACACGCCUCGACUACUCGAUUAUACCUGCGGAAAGGUCGAGGAGAGACGCGGAUAUGCAAGAUCUAUGAUUCUCCAUGUUUGCCUGAGGCAGAGGCAAUGUUUGCCAUUAAUGCUGAUGGAGUGGGUGAUGCUAAAGACUGAAAUGAGACCGAACAGAGAACCUGUGUGAGACCAUCAGCCAGAGAAAAGACUCCUGUAAAAUGAUUGAAAUGUGGACACAUUGUUUAGUCUGGAAUUAUUCGGAAAGAGAAUGAACCCUUCAGAGGGAAAUUCAUGGUUUAUUUAAAUAUAUGCAGAUUGAUGGAUAUUCACGGAUCUGGAUGAGCUGGUGUAAUUAUUUGCUCUUUACGGUGAUGUCCGCCUCUUUACUAUUUGUUUACAUAUUAUAUUUGUUUGUUUUGUCUGGACUAAACCUUUUUCUUGUACAUAAACUACUCGGAAUUAAAGUGUUUUGUCUGUUAAACUAA